UUCUCUAUCAGCAGGGGACUAACACACACUCCAACACACACAUUCAGAUACAGAUUAGAACACUGUCACAACUCACUCUCUUCCUGGGAUAUGAACACCCUCAUCCUCAUCUGUCUCCUGUGGAUCGUUGUUUGCAGUGUUCGAGGUACUCAGGGAUCUGAGGCCACAUACUCAAGUGAACCAGCUGGAGUGACAAGGGGUCCAGCCUCUGGGGAGGGCCUCCAGGAUUUGCUGCCUAAUGAUGAUGAGCUGGAAGCAGAUGAAGAACUUUCAGGAGGAGACCAUGUUAUAAUCCAUGAUUUUCAUCACAAUAAAGAUGCUAGGAGAAGGAGGAGAGGCAAAGGCAAAAGGAGGAACAAACAAAAGAACACGACUCCUUUCAACCCUGAGCACACCAUCUUCACAAACGGGUACACAUCCAUUCUCACCACCACUGAGGAUCCCUGCAACUCCACCCAUUUGGGCUACUGCAUUCAUGGCUACUGCAAGUACUUAGAGGGCCUGCAAGAGCCAGUCUGCAUAUGUAUGAAAGGUUAUGAUGGAGAGCGCUGUGGGAUCCAAACCUUGGAGACAAUCAAACCUAAUGAGAGUUACAACAGUGAGCUGAUGCAGACGGUCUUAGUGGUUAUUGCUGUGAUCCUGUCAUCUAUCAGCUGUUGUGCCAUCCUGCUCAUGACCUGUGCUCACUACAGGUCACAUAAAAACUUCCUUGCAUCCUACCUUGGAACUGGGUCAGAGCAAGAGAAGCUCCAGAAAUCCAUCGGUGACGUUGUGGUGUGAAGGCGUCAAGUUACGAUCAAAGAGUCAGAUGAACAAUUUAAGGACAAAGCUGAGGAGUGUGAGGACCUGAGAGAGCAGUAAAACAAAAAAAAAUGUCAUUAGUUGCUGUGCAAAAACACUUUCCACAACUAGUUAGAAUGUAAUUUAUUAGUGUGAAUAUUUAUUGCUAAUGACUGUAAAAACAUUUGUAUGUUGGACUAUUAUUAUUAUAUCUUAUAUGUGCGGAUGCUGAGCAUUCAACCUUUUCUUGUUCUGUAGGUUUGUUUUUAUUUAUUGCACUGCAUUUGUUAUAGGUCAGAGAAACUCUGUUGUUCUCACUCUGGAAAAGUGAUGGAAUUAAUUAACAA